AACAGUAGGUAGCUCGUAGGACCGUUGUAUCCUCCUGAAUGAUUUCAUCAUGUGAGGGGAUUGAUGAAGCCUUCUUUAUCAACAUGAAGUCGGAAUUUCUGGGGAGAUAGUUGAUACCGAGGCGCCGUGCAUGCUGCUGACGGGGCGGAAUGAGCAGAGGAGGUCGUUUUCCCGGACUAGGGUGGUGGGAGGCGACGGCCCCCGCGGUGUUGUGAGACCGAAGGAGAGGACUAGUGUCAGCUAGCUGGCCAAACAUAAGGACUUCCGGAUUGUAUUUUCAAAAUAAAAAGUUCCGAGGAGAACACGAUUCGUUUGGUUGAGAUUCCUGAUAGUGUCGUUUUACAAAACACGCUUAAAAUCGUUAAAGCCGAAUAAGUGAUGGGUUUAUGAGUAUGCCGCAGCUUUUCGCGGUAUUUGUUCCUUAUAUACGCGAGAUCGACAAACGUACCGCUUUUAUUUUGGUGGAAUCUUCCGUGUUCCCAGCCCAACGGUUGUUAGCUCCUGCUAACUUGACGGGUACAAGAAGAGGUGAAGUUACAAAGCCUCGAACCAAAACAAGACUUUACAGCCUGCGGUGGACAACGUCGCCUUGUUAUGAAUGGGACCUACCUCGUCUCACUGUGUGUGUUUCAAGUGAAAUGCCUUUUAAACCGCAGGAGCCGUCGUUUAUGUGAAAUUGGAGCCCCGGUGGAAGAGACGCUACGGUUGGAUUAAUAACGGUUGGGACAUUUCAGCGGAUGCACUCAAAACGCAAAAAAAAAUCCCUGAUGUCGAUAUGAACUUGUGUCUUUUGUCCUCACAGGUUUCCUCUUUAAGAUCAACAUGUACCGUCCAACACUGACAAACAAGUACAAGCUCUUGUAGCUGGAGGAGGACUGCCUUCCCCUAACUUUUCCUCCUCCUCUUCCUCCUCCUGGGAUCAAUGACGGGCCCCAACUCCCCAAGCCGGUCCGGCACCUCCUCGGCCAAGCUGAGCAGGCACGGCCGGUCCAAGAGCACCAGCUCACACUGCCUCCUCCGGUGCAGCACCCAGGAGGAUUCCUCCGCCUCUCCCCCUAACAACAGUUCCAGGUCCCCCGGGGAGGAAGAGGAGAAGGAUGGAGGGGUUCUGUUCUACGUCAACAGGACCGGUUUUCCCAUCGAGGGCGUAACCUGGGAGAGGAUGUGGUCCCAUGUGGCUGCUGUGCACCCUGAGGGCCAGGAGAUGGUGGACACGAUACGAAACGCAGCAUACCUUCCCAAGCAUGCUGUUCCCUCAGUCCCGACCUUCAAACCGUCCAUGUCGGUCCCUGACUGGCUGGUGGCCAUCCAGAACUACAUGAAGGCUCUGCAAUACAACCACACAGGAACCCAAUUCUUUGAAAUCAAGAAGAGCCGUCCACUGUGUGGGUUAAUGGAGACAGCAAGAGAGAUGAUCAGGGAGUCUUUGCCAAUCAAAUGUCUUGAAGCCGUCAUCUUGGGAAUCUACCUGACCAACGGGCUGACGUCUCUCGAGCGUUUUCCCAUCAGCUUUAAGACCCAGUUUUCGGGCCACUGCUUCCACCACGUUGUGCUGGGCGUCUACUGCAACGGCCGCUAUGGAUCACUGGGCAUGAGCCGCCGCCAGGACCUGAUGGACAAACCACUGACCCACCGCACUCUGGGAGAACUGGUGGCCGAGUUCGAGAGCUCCUACAAGAGAUACCAGCACACCCUGAAGAAGGUGAAAAUCGGCCUGUAUGUGCCUCACGACCCCCACGUCUUCCAGCCAAUCGAGUGGAAGCAUUUGGUGCUGAAUGUUGCCCGACUGGGAGCUCAAGAGAUGAGGAAGGAGCUGGAGAAACACGGCCGGGACAUGAGGAUGAAGAUCCUUAAAUCGUCUAGUGCCCAGUCACCAAUCAAGGAGCGGAGCCGGGGGAAAUCCUUAUCACCACGGCGACGACAGAUCAGUCCCCAGCGACGCAUUACACAUCGCAGAGACAAAUCGCCGGCCUCGGUGGAGAGGAAACCUCCAGAGCUCAGCACUCUCAACGACGGCUACCAAAUCCGCAUCUGAUCCCCCUCUUCACCUCCCAAUCAUCCCAAAUCCGUCCAGCCUCCUCAGCCACCUCGAUCCAAGAGUCUCUACCUGCCACCAGUGUUUUUAUGAGAGGAGUCAUUGCAGCUGGAGCAGCUGGAUCUCACACAGACAAGGUGGAUGAUGAACACAAAUAUGCGACGAGAGCUUUUCUGAGCUUGAACAGGAAGAACUUCUUAGAAGCUUUAGACAGAAAGUGACAGUUGGUCUGGUUUUAAUACUUCACAGUGGACACUGGCCACUCCUUUGUUUUACACUGACACAUUUCAGUCACGUAGCUGAAGGACUUUACUCUCUUGAUGUAGGAUAAGUUCAGAAGAUAUCAGUAAUAUCAAUUUAUGUCUAGAUUUUCAACAUUUUAAUCAACUGGCAGGAAGGAAUUAAAGGCUGAGAGCCAUCGUGUCCUGACAACAGAUACCAGUAAGUAUUUCUGUGACCCCCUUAGUGACCAUGUGUCUUAGAGAAGGGCUACAACAGGAAGAGAAGAAAGGGUAGAUAUUUGUCUGUAAAAAUAGUUGAACGUAUUGGUUGAGAGAGACAAUUGGCCACAAUGUAAGAGUCACAGCAAAAAAGAUGUUAAGACUAAAAAUAGGUCAAUUUAUUGGUGGUUUUGGCAUAUCUUAAUCAUAUUAUUAAUAUCGUUAUCAUAAUAGGACUUCUAUAGCACAAUUUCACGACAGAGAAGUUAGGCAUGUAAUAUCUUUUGUCAGGGAGGUGACUCUUUCAUUUUGCUGUCAGUUUUCCAUCAUGGCGGCGUUCAUUGAGGCCUCGAGGCUUUAGGCAGACAGCCAAACAUGAGAUCAUAAGGGAGCAGGAGAUUCACAGGUGUAGCUGUUGUUAUCCCACUUUAUUCACACACGCCUGCUCAACUACUGCUGUACUUUGGCUUCGUCUUUAAGAAAAAGAUCACUAAAGGAAUGUUUUAGGUACGCUUUGAUUUUUUCCAAAAACCUUCCUGAACCAGCAGCAGUUUAAAUAUGAUGACUAAGAAGGCUUCCAUAUUCAGGGUCCAUCGAUCAGAGUGGACGAGUGUAGAAUAAGGAGAGGGCGUUCAAUAAAGCAUGCAGGGAAAUCAUAGACACUGAGUCGAUGGAGAGGAAUAGGAAGUAGAAGAGAAGAGGUGUGGACAGGAGUGAGGAGAGAGAGAGAGAGGAUUCACUGCAGGAGAUCAGAGACUGAUCAUUAGAGCACUGCGGCAAACCUCCCGUACCCCCCCCUCUUCUUCAUUCUCCUCUUCCUCUGCCCUCUGUUGACACAUAACUGAAUACAUAACCACAGCUCUGUUUCCAUCCAUUGAACAUCAGAAAGAAACUCCUGCAAACAGACGGACUCAAAAUACAGACUACUGUUGUAUAAACAGGGAACAGUCUCAGUAUUUUAAUACUCAAGCUGACAAAGCCUGCUCCUUUAUGUCUUCAUAUUAACUAUUAAUGGGUCAACAUCAUUAUUUAUUUAAUCAAAUUGAUUUCUAUUUUUAUUUAUUGUGUAACCGUAAAGGAAAAAAGUCUCUUGUUGGAUGGAAACUUAGCUGCAGGGUGUCUUUACAGGUGCAGAAAUCACACUGACCCCUGUAAUUAAAAUGACUCUACAAUCUAGACCUGUGGAGCAGGAAAGAAUUGGAGGGUUCACUACUUUAUUAAAGGGAUGAGAAAGAUUUCUUUUAAAUAUUCAGUUACACAACAUUUUGUUUAUUUUUUUAGCUAAUAUCUUUUUUGCAUCUCUUAUUUCCUGUGUAAUACUGGGUUACUUUCACCUCUUCAGAACAGCUCACAGCCCUCACGUCCACUGAACCCAUAACCUUUUUAAGAAAGGCCAUAAAUAGACAUAGCUUCAUUUUAAGGGGUCACAAGACAAGGAGGUUGGGAACCACUCAUCCGAACCAGUGGACUUUAGAGGCCUGAAGAAGUGAAAGUAUCCAGAGUUACACAAGAAAAAAGAGAAUUUUAGAGCAGUAUCAGAAAAAAAACAUUUUUGGUCAUCCCUUUAAUCAGCUUGUAGUUGCUCAUAUUUGGGAAAAUAAUAGUCUAGACAGUAAUUUUAGUAAAAAAAAAUAAUACUAAAGCUGCAUUACCUAAGAUUAAAAUGUUUGGCGAAUGAGAACAUUGUGGGUUAAACGUAUUCUGAUCUCACUCAAGGUACCUUUUAAAAAAAAAACAAAAUCCAAUCAAUAGUAUUUCCAGAACAAGUCAGCAGCAGAAGGCAAGUGGAGUUUCAUAUGUGUCGACCAAACUGAGCAGUAGCCAAUCCGUGUGUUCACACAGUAAACUAACUGUGAGCUGUUAGCCAGCUGGCUGCUGCCUUCACAGCUGGAAAAUAAAAUGAUUCAGCUGGUCCCAGUUCAGCCGCAGCCAGUUUGUCCACUCAGACAAACAAGAAGUGAAGGCAGAUGUUGUUGGCUGGGUGAACACAUUGUAACAAAGGCCUCAUUCAAGACAGAUUUACGUGGCAGCGGGAUGCAACACUCUGUGCACGCUGUCUGCGGAUAUUAAAGGCGGCCCGGAGCACGGGGUCAGGCCCUUCGAGGGCUUUGAAAUGAUUGUUUGCUCACGAAAAUACUUUUCUAUUAUUUAGAUUUGUCAUGUUUUAAUGUCAAUGAUGAAUUGCCUUUUGGUUUAAUACUCUGAAAAUCAAUUGUGAUUCAGAGUCAAAAGACUCCCCUGUAACAUGAGGGUGAAAAUCUGCUCAGCUUUGUGUUUGGCAAAUAUCAAAGUUUAACUUUGCAGGAGACAAGUAAGUGUCAGGAAACCACUAAAGUUCUCAGAGCAGCUUGAUAAAUCAUUCUUUCGCUCUGUGAAACUUCAGUACCAAGUGACCUAUGAGAGCCCAUUCAGUACUGUAUGCACUGUUUCACGCUUGUAUGCGUGAUGUAUCAUAAGGAUUGUCAAAAAAACCCAAACGAGUUUGAAUUUGUUUGAGGUUUUUUGGAUUCUCCUGUUGAGGCCUUCGAUGAAUCUAAGCUGAAAAGCUUGAAAUCUCACGCCGAUAUUUGUACCAGUUCUGAUACAAAUGCUUGAAAUGACGGCAGAAUAUCACAUAUCAAAGCCGGAUAUCUUAUCACACAAUACACAAACCUGAAAUCAAAAUGGAUAUCUAACAUAUGCUGUUAGCCAUACUGUACUUAGAUACAGUAGAUAUAUGUGUACACAUAAAUACAUCUAUGUUUAUUCAUGUUUGUUGCAUCCACAGAAUGUACUGUACAGUUUGAAGCCUUCAGACUGAGAACUAUAUAAGUCAGUUUUAAUUAAGAAAAUAUAUGUAAGUAUAACCCUCCACUGCUGGCCCCUGACCAGCUCUAUCCACAGAAUUAAGGGCUUAAAUGUGUUGCUUAAGGGCGUCUAGAGAGAAAACGAGGUUUUUAUUCAGAUAAAAUCUGUGUUUAAAAUUUAAAAGCAACUUGAUCUCUAAAGGUUUGGCUACUUAGAAUUAAAUUGAUGAUACAACUGUCGGCCUUCAGGACAUUUACAAAAACUGACUUCUCUAGUUUUCAUCUAAAGGAUUCAUUUGAAGAAAAAAGUUGUUUCCCAAAAUCAAGCCCAGCGACUACCUUUGUUCAAUGAAGCUGCAGCGGGCAACUUUACAGAUCUGGCAACCAAAAGUGGCAAUGAGAGCUAGAAACAAAAGACCUAUUUAAAAGGCUUUUUAAAGAUUAUUUUAAAUACAUGUCAAAUUUAGGGAAAACACCUGAGCAGCCUAAUUUCACUUUUCUUGUUUUGGUCACAUCAGUCAUCAGCAGAAGGAUUUCGGGAGUCAGUGUACAGAAUAUUUCCGAUUUAUUGUCGUCUGAUUGUUUUCUGACUUUUCUUUGAAUGUUCCACGGUGUCUUCUCGCUCACAGAACAAGUGUUAACUACAGACAUUUUUACCCUAGCUUUUUGUUUUAACAACAAGCUAUGCACACACAAAACUAAAAUCCUAGUCUUCCACAAUUCAAACGAUGGAGGAGAAAGGUCUUUGUGGCUCGAUCUACACAAGAACAGAUGACAUUUUAAACCAUCAUUUAAAACAGUUCUACUCUAACCGGGACCUCUUGGUAGCUUUUCUUCACAACGUAUAACACAAAGCUUCCCCUCUGUGUAGAUCCAGCCUGAGCCAUUAUCACUGAUUCAAGGUGCUGUAAGAAAAAGCAGAAUAUUUUUACAUAUUUCUGACGUUUGGCCAGUAGUGGACCAUUAGCACAGCCCAGAGGCCGAGAUCUGACCAUUCACAUCUCCGACUCUGGCGCAAACCAACCAGCUCGACGUGUUAAUAUUUGUAUUGAAGGUUAAGUGUUGAUAUUUUCUACAGGCUUGAUGUUUGUUAGCAGACGAAAGAAGCACAACGCUGCUUUUGCUUUUUGCGUAUUUAAAAUCCUAUUUCACACCGGCGUUGUGGACAAACAGAUGGAAGAACUGAUGCAUAUUCACACUGAAGAAGCUCCAUAUUUUUGGAGUACAUUUUCUCACAUGUAUUUUUGGAACUAUACAAAAUACAAGAGAUUCAAGGACCUAAAGUUCCCAAAUUUCAAAAAGGACUAAAAACUUUUCGGAUUUAAAGAUCCAAACUGCAGUUCCGGAGGAUUUUACCCAACAACAGUGACAAACUACCUGACCGCUCAGCACAGACUCAAAAACUGUGACAAGACAAAAAAAACAAACCCAAACAACCUGAAACAGUGAUACUUAAUGUAGCAACCUGUUCUUAUGUCAGUUUGCAAUAGAGACUUUUGUGCUUGACAAUUUAUCUUAUUGAAUGUUUUCCUUUUUUAGUUUUUUUUUUUUUUUUCAGCUUGUGGUUUUAUUUCUGGAUUCUGUUUUAUGAAGACAUUUGGGUUUGAUUCAUUGAUUGUACUCUAUCAUUUUGAAUGAGAAGCAUUUGUUCAAAGAAAAAAAAAGAAAAGAACAGCUUGUAGUUGUAGCAGGUUGUUCUUUUGAUGGCCUUUGAUUCGUUUCCAAAGUGCUGAUACCGCGUUUCUCAACUCCAUCUUAGUCCUAAUCUCACUGUACUGUUAAACUAAAACACUGUAGUCUGUUCUAAAAUCGGUGAUCAAUGAGACAACUUUUAUGACCACGCUGGACACAAAUUUGACCACAUGAAGAUCUUGAAUCUCUGCUUUGGCCCAUUUCAACAGCAGUGAUGUCAGUAAUAUACAUAUCGGUUAGUUUACACACUAGUUGACCUACCUAGGUGACUAAUCCAUUAAAUCAGAAAGCUCCCUGUUGCAUUUUUGCUGGACAAAAAAAAUUGCUUUACAUUUUGCAUUCAUGCUGAAACUCUCAAAAGCCGAACCAAAUUCAGAGCAACAUAUCCGUUUAACAAAGACAUUUGAUGGACACGAUAAAUGUCCAUGUGAUGCUUCCAGUGCCUCAGCAGUAUGAGUUUAAUUAGAUUAUUUAAAUAUCUUUAUUUAAUUUUUGACUUUUUGUCUUUUUUUUUGAAGGAGUUGCUAAUGUGCAUUGUAAAAACUGUCACAAUUGUAUUUACCAGAGAACGUCAUCCAGUCACAACUGUUCCCUCUUGUUUGACUGACUGGGUUUGUUUUCCCGUUCAAACAUAUUCUGAAAUUCUGUGACUUUCUGUGUUUUUUUGCCCUUUGUUUUGCCUGUUUCAAGAAACUUUUUCGUUGUUACGAACAUUUCAAAGCAGACAGAUCGGCUCUGCGCUGCAAAGAACAAAGGGACAGUCAGCCUUCUAUCAAACUCUCAAGUCUGACGUUACAUAAGACGAGCAAAAAUUCGGUGUGAUGUGUGUGUGUGUGUGUGUGGGAAUCGAACCCUAAAACCACUGUAACCGUAUUCUGCCAGAAUCUUAACUGAUCAAAGCUCAUUGACGGGACUGAGGAACUCUGAUGAAUUUAAUAUGUGGAAACUCCACAGAGCCCUGAGGAGCUGACCUACACACACAAACACACUUAUUAUUAUUAUUAUUAUUAUUAUUUUUAAAGAGCGCUGUUGAGUCCGCCCAGGUUCCCUGUGUGAGGAUGUGGUGUGGUUUUGUAUUCCUGUGGAGAUGCAUAGUAGGAAAAGAUGUGACCCUCAGUCAAUAUUACUAUUGUAACUUUCCUACUGUUACAGUACCAGUGGUCUGACAGCAGCUGUUUCUAUCAACAACUGUAGCAGCAUGUGUUCUUUUAAUAAAUGAUCUAUGUUUUUAA